CAGGUGCAGCUCAAGACUGCAGCUGGUUCCUGGCUGUCCUGCUGGCCACCCUAGGAUUCUACAGCAUGGCAGGUGUGGGAGCUGUGCUCCUAUUCCGCUAUUAUACACACCCAGCUGGCUGCCUGCUCAACAAGAUGAUCCUCAGUCUGCACGUUUGCUUCUGUGGCCUCAUCUCCUUCCUCUCCAUCGCUCCUUGCAUCCGCCUCAAGCAACCCCGCUCUGGCCUUCUACAAGCUUCUGUCAUCAGCUGCUACAUCAUGUAUCUGACUUUCUCUGCGCUGUCCAGCCGUCCUCCAGAGAGAGUAAUCCUUCAAGGACAGAAUCACACCCUGUGCCUCCCUGGCCUGAGUAAAAUGGAACCCCAAACACCAGAUACCUCUCUAGCAAUGCUGAGUGCUGGCAUCAUGUAUGCUUGUGUGCUUUUUGCUUGCAAUGAGGCCUCCUACCUGGCUGAGGUAUUUGGACCCUUGUGGAUUGUCAAGGUUUACCGCUAUGAGUUUCAGGUGAGGAUAAAGAGCUCCAUACCCCAACACCCUCCCUCCCCCACACAAAGACACACACACAUCCUACCAACCUCUACCCAGAAUGCUGAUUAUAGCUAUUACCUUUUAUUGAGUACCCACAAUGUGCUAGGCAACUGUGCUAGAUACUUUUACAUAAUCUCAUUUAAUUUAACCCUCACAACAACCCUGUGAGGUAGGUAUUUGCUCCAUUUUACAAAUGGAGAAAUCGAGGCACAAAAGAUUAAACAUCUUACCAAAGUCCGCACAGCCAGUUAUAUGCUGGAGCUAGGAUUUGAACCCAGGUGUGCCUCCACUUUUUAAUACUAGACCAAUCUUUUCACGAGGGAAGUUUCCUAGAUUAACACCCUCACAUCUUUUAAGACCAUUCCAAAACCUGCGUUAUGUUUUGCAGAAGCCCUCACUGUGUUUCUGCUGCCCUGAAAUAGUGGAGGCAGACGAAGGUGAGUGCCAAGUGAGAAACCGAAGAAGUGGUAGAUCUCUGUGGAGUGCCGUAAGAACCCUCAAGAGCCUUAACAAAGGUAGUUGGGGGAGAGAAGAGGUGUUUCGGCAGCACUGCUCCCAGCAGCCAUUUCAUCUCUCCAGGGCAAAGGGGUGGUGCUGCUAGGCCAGCUGACCAAGAGACCCCUCCAGCUCCUCCAGUCCAAGUCCAGCAUCUUUCCUACAACUAUUCUGCCUUCCACUUCGUCUUCUUCCUUGCCUCACUCUAUGUCAUGGUUACCCUUACCAACUGGUUCAGGUAAGAUGGAGGUGGGCCUUAGAUACUCUCCUGAAGAGCUAUUUUACAGAAAGAGCAAUUCAAGGCCAUUCCAGACACGUGGGUCUGCCAUAAUUGGUGAGGAGGUAGAACACGUCUAAAAGCUAAGGCCCUUCAUACUCUCUAACCAGAGCCUUUGGUUACACAGCUAUGAGGGAGCAGAACUGGAAAAGACCUUCAUCAAGGGUAGCUGGGCCACCUUCUGGGUCAAGGUUGCCUCAUGCUGGGCCUGCGUACUCCUCUAUCUGGGGCUGUUACUGGCACCACUCUGUUGGUCCCCCACCCAGAAACCCCAGCCCCUUCUCUUGAGGCGCCGCCGCCACCGCAUCAUAUCCCCAGAUAACAAAUAUCCUCCAGUCUAAGUCCUUUUCACAAACUGGGGUUCCCCUGACAUUGUACUCCUAGAGUUGGCUCAAGGGGAACUGUCCAGCCCAGCUCAAUACCUCAAGGACACAUGGGGAGUUACCUCCCUUUGAGCUGAAGUCAAUACUAUGAACUCGAAGAAGUGGUCAAAUACAGUCUAAUGCGCUGGGCAGAGUGUCUGACUCACUGGAGCUACUGUUUCUGCAUCCCAGCUCAAGAGCCUAACACCCAAAUCAGCAGCUCAGGAACCACUGCUGAUCCCAGCAGACAGUGUGGCACCAGCCUUUUCCUGGCUCUUGGGCUGGAAGUGGGGGUGGGGAAAGACCAACAGGGACUGAAGACUCGGCAUUGCCCUUGGAGAAACGAAAAUAAGCAGUUCAGCCCUGGGCACACGGAUAUAAGAAGCCCAGAACCACAGAACAAACCAGGGCAUAGGAAGAAAGGAGCACAGAGCUACCCCAGGUUUUAAUCCUGAUCUUGAGGUCAAGGGAAGCGGGAAGACAAAACCACCCUCAUUCCAUGAGGAAUGACAGAAGAGAAUGUGAACACUUGACAGCAGCUGACCACGGGAAGUUGGUGAGCAGCAGGACUUUUUGGCCAACUUUCAAGUAGACAAACAAACUGAGGAAGAAUGAGGAAGAGAGGCAUAAACAGAUCUUGCAGCCUUCACUCUUAGGCCAACUCCAUCCUAGAGAUGGUGUUCAAGGGUGGGGAACAAAAAUCACAGAAAAGAAGUCUCUAUGGUUCUUGGAGGAUUCCUCUACCGCAUAUCCGGAGUACUUGUUUGGUUGUCAUUGCAUAAUAAAAGGCUUCUGUGAUGUUUCACUUAUUAAGCCUGUAUCCACAAUCUGAGUCUA